UGCUUAUAAAUAGCUUCAAUUGUAAGGGUCAUCUUAUUAUUUUCCUAGAAUCUACCUGUAAAUUAAGAAUCAGAGAACAGGAAACAAACAGACAAAUACACGAGAAAAAGAAUUGUUGAUAGGAGAGAGUAUAAGAGAGAAGUGACAAGAAGCCAAUGCCGUAAGUAUCAAAAGAAGAGGAUUUGAUAAUGCUUUAAAGAAACUUAGACCAUUAAAUGCAAAUGUGUAAAUUUCAAGUCAUGUAGGAUUCUUAUGAACAUCCACUAUUAUGUGAAUAUUUUGCAAAUUCAGUGAGGUUUUAGCUUAUUCAUUAUGACAGGUUCUCAAAUAGUGAAAAUGCUAUUGCGAUUAAGGUUUUAUCUUGUUGUCCUUAUUGAAGUGGUGUAGUUUCCCUAGAUUUUGGUUUAAGGUUUCUUUUGGGUUUAAGGUUUCUUUUGUGCUGAAGCAAUUCAGUGAAUUUUAGCUAAGAUAGAGCUUAUAUCCUGUUUAAUCAGAUGGAGAAUAGAAACGACGCAGCUCCUGACCUCCCAAUACAAGAGCUUAAUGAGAAUGAAAAUGCUGCUUCUGCUGAAAAUAUCAAAGAACGUGUUGAUGAAAUGGUUGGGAAGGUUGAUCAGCUUGAGCAGAGACUGAAUGAUGUUGAGCAUUUCUAUUCCAAUACUAGUAAAAAGCAAUCAAACACGCCAAGAGGUAGCUCUAUCCUGAAAGACAAAGAGAAACAGAUUUCUAGCUUUAAAAGGCGGCAGCAGGAUGCAUCACGUAGACAAGCAGCUGGUACCAGGAGAAUGCAAGAACUUGUGCGCCAAUUUGGUACUAUAAUACGUCAGAUCACUCAGCACAAGUGGGCAGAACCUUUUAUGGAACCCGUGGAUGUCAAGGGUCUUGGAUUGCACGAUUACUAUGAGGUUAUUGAGAAGCCUAUGGACUUUAGUACUAUCAAAAGCAAGAUGGAAGUAAAGGAUGGUUCUGGCUAUAAGCAUGUCCGAGAGAUAUGUGCAGACGUUAGGCUAAUAUUUAAGAAUGCAAUGAAAUACAACGAGGAAAGGGAUGACGUUCAUGUAAUGGCGAGAACCUUAUUGGGAAAAUUUGAGGAGAAAUGGUUGCAGCUUUUGCCAAAAGUGGAUGAAGAGGAAAAACGGCGAAAGGAAGAGGAAGCAGAAGCCCAACAGGAUAUGCAGCUCGCUCAAGAGGCUGUUCAUGCCAAAAUGGCUAAAGAUUUAAGCAUUGAGCUUGAUGAGGUGGACAUGCAACUGGAAGAACUCAGGGAAAUGGUGCUUCAGAAAUGCAGAAAGAUGUCAACGGAAGACAAGAAAAAACUUGGAAAUGCGCUCACAAGGCUUUCUCCUGAAGAUCUUAAUAAGGCACUAUUGAUUGUGGCACAAAAUGAUCCCACUUUCCAAGCGACAGCAACAGAAGUGGAGCUUGACAUGAACGUUCAGAGCGAGUCCACAUUAUGGAAGUUGAAAUUCUUCGUACAGGAUGUGUUACAUGCACAGGGAAAGAGCCCAGCGAGCAUCGGAGUAAACAACAACAAUAACAGUAAUCUCCUAAACAACAACAAACGUAGAAGAGAAAUUUGCGAUGCACUUGCCAAAUCUUCCCAAAAAAGGAGUAAAAAGCCAUCCUGAUUUGUCAAACCAACUUCUUGCGAUCACUUUUGGAGGUGUAAAUGUUUUGAGUCGUUGGGGACACGAUAAACGAUCUAUCUUCAACGUUGUUAAUACCUCAGAAAGGACAUGAAUAGUCAUUGUAAUAAGUAGGUUUUGUAUAGGAAAUUCCUGAUGGGUAUAUCUUACUGGAAGUCCUGCAAUUGCAGAUAUACAUAGCAAUAGUGCAUUAACAAGUCGUUCUCAAAUGCUUGGUUAAAGUAUAUCAUUUACAGAGAGAACAGAUUUGCCUAUCAAAUUGUAGUCCAGUUUCUUCUCGAAAGCCUGUUUAUAAGGCACAACCUUAUGCCA